AUGAGCAUGUUAGGCACCACAACUACUACCACCACCAGCACCACCACUAGUACCACUACAACGACGACGACGAGUACGACGAGUACAUCGACUACCACAACCACCACAAGCACAACCAACUACCAUAAACCCGGGCAGAAUGCGCGUGUGUACGAUCCGGAGACGCUGAAGGCGAUGGGUUUUGGGGGAAUGACGGACGGUGUGGCGAUGCUCACGAGGGCGAAAGAAAACCUGAUGUUCACGAUGGCGGCGCUGUCGGUGGAGCAGAGAGUAGCAUUGAGCUACGAUCUGCCGGAAUUCGUGGAAAUGUGCUCGUUCAACGGGGAGCAGUGCAAUAUUGAUACCAGUCAAGAAAGAAACUGCCUGGCAAGUCGCGUGGGUGAUGCCAGCAAUUUCCACCACGCAACGCAGGACAUGGAGAAUUGCUACUGCAAACAGAGCUGCAAACAGGACCUGUUCGAGGUGACGUUUUCGGCGAGUAAAUGGCCGUCAGGUGCCACUGACGCCCAAAUGGAUCGGCUUGGCGACUGUGAGGGGAUGAGCACGGCAGAAUGUGAGGAUUAUUAUCGACUGAAUGCGGCCAUGAUCGAAAUCUUCUACGAGCAGCUCAACUACGAAUUCCUGCAGGAGACCGAGGGCGUACGGC